AUGGCGGCUGCUUAUGAAGAGGAGCGGGCCCCUGGCCUUGAGGAGGCUGAUGUGGUCACCAAGUACAAGAUGGGCGCUGAGAUGCUCAACCGCGCACUGCAACAUGUUGCUUCCCUCUGCGUCGAGGGCGCUUCGGUGCUCGAGCUGUGCGAGGCUGGUGACGCCGCCAUGGAGAAGGAGGUCGGCACCGUCUUCAACAAGAAGGUUGAGGGUCAGCUCAUCCCCAAGGGUAUUGCCUUCCCUACCUGCAUCAACAUCAACGAGAUUCUCUUCAACUACUCGCCCCUGAAGUCGGACAAGCCCACUCAGCUCAAGGCUGGAGAUGUCGUUAAGAUUGACAUGGGUCUGCACUUGGACGGCUACAUUGUGGUCAACGCACACACCGUCGUGGUUGGCGCCAGCGCCGCCGCCCCGGUCACUGGCCGCAAGGCCGAUGCCAUCCUCGCGGCCUACUACGCCUGCGAGGUUGCCGCCCGCCUCAUCAAGCCUGGCAACAAGUCGUCCGAUGUCACGGCUGCCAUCCAGAAGGUUGUUAAGACUUUCAACUGCAACGCCAUUGAGGGUAUGUUGUCGCAUAUUGCCAGCUAUCAGAUGGAGCACGACGAGCUGAUGUCUGAGAAGUCGAUCAACCAGAACCCUUCAGAGGCUGCACGCAAGGACAUCAAGGUCCACACUUUCGAGGCCAACGAGGUGUACGCCAUUGACGUCCUGGUCAGCACCGGCGAGGGCAAGGCGCGCCAGACUGCCAACCGUGCCACCGUCUUCCGCCCCACGGGAGAACUCUACCAGCUCAAGCUCAAGCAUGCUCGCCAGUUCUUCGGUGAGGUCCAGAAGAAGACUUCCAACAAGCCCAUGGCAAUCACCUUGCGUGGCUUUGAGAACGAGGCCCAGACCAAGAUGGGUGUCAAGGAGUGCGUCGAGCACGGUUUGAUCCAGCCCAUGGAGGUCAUGGCUGACAAGGAGGGCGAGUACGUGGCCCAGUUCCGCGUCACCACCCUGCUCAUGCCCAACGGCAACCUCAAGAUCACCACUGGCGGCUUUGACCCUGCCACCUGCAAGUCUGAGUUUAGCAUCGAGGACGAGGAGAUCAAGAAGAUUCUGUCCCAGAACCUGAGCGCCAAGGCUGGUAAGAAGAAGAAGAAAAACAACAAGAAGAAGGCCGAUGAGGCGGCCAGCGCUGGCGAUGCCAACUAA